AUGCGGGGGCCGCGCUCCGGGCUGUGCCCGCUCUCCGUCUUCAUCCUCUUCCUCCUUCCCCAGCUCCUGCCGGCAGCCGCCCCCUCCCCGGCCCCGCCGUGCGCCCCCCCGGGGCUGCGCCGCGGGCUGUUCCCCCCAUCAGGGAGCUCUGGAGGCUGCACGGGACCAUGCGGGACCGAGGACCGUGAUGUCGGGGUGCAGGAGGACACGGGCCCUGUGCGGCUGCCAAGGGUGGGCAGAGCACUUGCCGUACCACUCCCAGAUGCUGGUUCCCCCUGGGAUGCCACCGGCCAGCCAGACCCUGCUCCAGUUCCCGUGCAGAGCAGGCGCUCCCCCCAGGAGCUUCCCAGGGCUCAUGCUGCUCUCAGGAGGCAGAAGAGGGACUGGGUGAUCCCUCCCAUCAAGGUUCCUGAAAACGAGAGGGGCCCCUUCCCCAAAAAACUGGUUCAGAUCAAAUCCAACCGGGACAGAGACACCAAAAUCUUCUACAGCAUCACAGGGCAGGGAGCGGAUGCCCCCCCCGAGGGCAUCUUCACCAUUGAGAAGGAGUCAGGCUGGAUGAAGGUGACACAGCCGCUGGACCGCGAGCACAUCGACAAGUACCAUCUUUUCUCUCACGCCGUGUCUGAGAAUGGGAAGCCAGUGGAGGAGCCGAUGGAGAUCAUUGUGACGGUUACAGACCAGAAUGACAACAAGCCCCAGUUCACGCAGGAGGUGUUCAGGGGCUCUGUGCCAGAGGGAGCUCUGCCGGGCACCUCUGUGAUGCAGGUGACAGCCACGGAUGCAGACGACGCAGUGGAAACCUACAAUGGUGUCAUCGCCUACUCUAUCCUGAGCCAGGAGCCACGGGAGCCCCAUCCCCAGAUGUUCACUGUCAAUCGGGGCACCGGCACCCUUAGUGUCAUCGCCAGCGGCCUUGACCGGGAGCGUGUGCGGGAGUACACACUGACGGUGCAGGCGGCUGACCUGGAUGGCGAGGGGCUGACCACCACGGCGCUGGCCGUCAUUGAGAUGGCCGAUGUCAAUGACAACGCCCCUGAGUUUGACCCCAAAACGUACGAGGCAGCUGUGCCAGAGAACGUGGCUGGGCGGGAGGUGGCCCGGCUGGCUGUCACCGACCUGGAUGAGCCCAGCACGCCAGCGUGGAGAGCCGUCUACUCCAUCCUGCGCGGCAACGACGGGGGUGCCUUUGCCAUUGCCACUGACCCUGUCACCAACGAGGGCAUCCUCCGCACUGCCAAGGGUCUGGACUACGAGGCAAAGCAGCAGUUUGUGCUCCACGUGGCAGUGGCCAACGAGGUCCCCUUCGUCGUGAAGCUGCCAAUGGCCACCGCCACAGUCACGGUCACUGUAGAGGACGUCAAUGAGGCACCGGUGUUUGUGCCACUGGUGCAGCUGGCCACGGUCUCAGAGGACGUGCCACCAGGGCAGACCCUCACUGCCUGCACGGCCCAGGACCCCGACAAGGCACAGGGGCAGAGGAUCAAGUAUCUGGUGGGACAUGACCCAGCAGGGUGGCUGGCUGUGCACCCCGACAACGGCCUGGUGACAGCACGGGACCACCUGGACCGCGAGUCCCCCUUCACAAAGAACAGCACUUACAUGGCUGUGCUGCUGGCUGUGGAUGAUGGCUCACCACCAGCCACGGGCACAGGGACACUGCUUCUCACCCUGCUCGACGUGAACGACAACGGCCCCGAGGCUGAGCCGCGGGACAUCACCGUGUGCCAGCGCAGCCCCGAGCCCCAGGUCCUCACUGUCACCGACAGGGACCUGCCCCCCAACACCGGCCCCUUCCGCGCCGAGCUCACCCACGGCUCGGGGGACAGCUGGGCCGUGGAGGUGGGUGACACAGGUGACACGGUGACCCUGCGGCUGGUGGCAGCGCUGGAGCCAGACACCUACAGCGUGUACCUGCGGCUGCUGGACCAGCCAGGCAGGGCCCAGGUGACCGUGGUCACCGCACGGGUCUGUGCCUGCGAGGGGCCUGCGCAGGGCUGUCCCCAGAGACCCCAGCCCGUCACCGCCCUGCCCUUCGUCCUCGCAGCCCUGGGUGCACUGCUGGCCCUGCUGCUCAUCCUGCUGCUGCUGCUGCUCUUCGUGAGGAGGAGGAAGGUGACGAAGGAGCCUUUGCUGCUGCCUGAGGAUGACACGCGGGACAACAUCUUCUACUAUGGGGAGGAGGGUGGUGGUGAGGAGGACCAGGACUACGACCUGCGGCAGCUGCACCGGGGGCUGGACGCCCGUCCUGAGGUGAUCCGCAAUGAUGUGGCCCCCACCCUUCUGCCAGCGCCCCAGUACCGACCCCGACCUGCCAACCCUGAUGACAUCGGCACCUUCAUCGAGGAGAACCUGAAGGCAGCCGACACGGACCCCACAGCUCCUCCCUACGACUCACUUCUGGUGUUCGACUACGAGGGCAGUGGAUCGGAGGCCACCUCACUCAGCUCCCUCAACUCCUCCAACUCUGACGAAGACCAGGACUACGACUACCUCAACGACUGGGGCGGCCGCUUCCGCAAGCUGGCUGAGCUCUACGGCGGUGGGGAGGAGGAUGAUUGUGCGGGCGGGACGGUACCGCCUCCCAUCGGGGCGGGACGGGGCGGUUCCUGGGGGGACCAGGACCCGCGGGGCGGGAUCGGUUUGGGACCCGGCGCACCUGCGGCUCUGCAGCGGCAGUACUCGAUCUCUCCGGCACCCACCGGCACCCCACCGGCACCAGCCAUGGGGCGGCAGGCGGGCUGCCCGGCACCGCUCUGCCUCCUCCUCCUCCUCCUGCUCCAGAGCGGGCACCGGCUAUGCCAGCGGGCAACGCCGUGCCAGCCUGGCUUCACCGCCGAGACCUUCGCCCUGACCGUACCGCGGGACAGCGUGGCAGCAGGACGGGCCCUGGGACGAGUGAGCUUUGUGGACUGUGGAGAGCCGCACCGAGCCGCCUUCCUCCCGGACGACACGCGCUUCAAGGUGAGCCGGGAUGGCGUCGUUUCUGCAACCCGGCCCCUGCGGCUCCAGCGGCGGGAGAUCACCUUCACCGUGCACACGUGGGACACCGCGGGCAAGAGGCACUCGGCCAAGGUGACUCUGCACCGGCAGUGGCACCAGCACCACCGACACCACAAACAGAUGCAGCAGGACACAGCACCUGACGUGCUGACCUUCCCAGAGCAUGGACACGGUCUCCGGCGGCAAAAGAGGGACUGGGUCAUUCCCCCCAUCAACUGCCCCGAGAAUGAGCGGGGGCCCUUCCCCAAGAAGCUGGUGCAGAUCAAAUCCAACAAGGACAAGGAGACCAAGGUUUUCUACAGCAUCACAGGACAGGGAGCGGACACCAUCCCUGUGGGUGUCUUCAUCAUUGAGCGGGAGACAGGGUGGCUGGAGGUGACAAAGCCUCUGGACCGGGAGGAGAAGGAUAAGUACAUACUCUACUCCCACGCCGUGUCGGCCAAUGGGCAGCCUGUGGAGGACCCCAUGGAGAUCAUCAUCACCGUCACUGACCAGAACGACAACCGGCCCAUCUUUACCCAGCAAGUCUUUGUUGGCUACAUUGAGGAGAAUGCCAAGCCAGGCACGUCUGUGAUGACCGUGAAUGCCACGGACGCAGAUGACGCAGUCAAUGUGAACAACGGCAUCAUCCACUACUCCAUCCUCAGCGAGGAGCCCAAGAGCAUGCAGUGGAUGUUCACCAUCAACCCCGAGAACGGCAUCAUCAGCGUCAUUGGCACGGGGCUGGACCGGGAGACCACUCCCAACUACACACUGAUCAUCCAGGCUGCAGACCAGGAGGGCCUUGGCCUGACCAACACUGCCACUGCCAUCAUCCAAGUCACUGACACCAAUGACAACCCUCCUGUCUUCAACCCUGACAUGUACGAGGGGUCAGUGAAUGAGAAUGAGCCAGGGGUGGUGGUGGCCCGGCUGCAUGUGACAGACCAAGACAUGCCAGGCUCCCCAGCCUGGAAGGCCAUCUACCGCAUCCAGAGUGGGGACCCGAGGGGUGACUUCAGCAUCACCACUGACCCCAAAACCAACGAUGGGCUCCUGAAAACCGCCAAGUGGGUACCAGUCUCAUGCAGCCACCCCAGCACCAGCCAACUCCCUUCUGGCACUACCCAGCUCCUUUCCCUCCCCCAGGGCCUGGAUUACGAGACCCAGCAGCAGUACCACCUUGUGGUGGCGGUGGAGAACGAGGUCCCCUUCUCUGUGCCCCUGAAGCCUGCCACGGCCAGUGUGCUGGUGGUGGUCAGGGACGUGAACGAACCCCCCAUCUUCGUGCCCCCAGUCAAGAAAGUGGAAGUGAUGGAGGACGUGCCAGUGGGCUACCAGGUCACCUCCUACACAGCCAAGGACCCUGACAAGGACCAGAGGCAGAAAAUCACGUACCGCAUGGGCAGCGACCCCGCGGGGUGGUUGGCCAUCGACCCUGAGAACGGCAUCGUCACGGCGAUACAGCCACUGGACCGGGAGUCGGCACACGCCAUCAACAGCACCUACAAGGCCAUCGUCCUGGCUGUGGACAACGGGUCACCACAGGAUGCCACUGGCACGGGGACACUGCUCCUCCUCCUCCAGGACGUGAAUGACAACGGGCCUGUGCCAGAGCCCCGGAAUUUUGACAUCUGCAACCGGCAGCCUGAGGAACAGAUACUGAAAAUCGUCGACAAGGACCUGCCCCCCAACACCUUUCCCUUCAGGGCAGAGCUGGUGCAUGGCUCCAGCAUCAACUGGACUGUCACGGAGAAUCCACCUGACAUGGUGAAGCUGAGCAUGAGGAAGGAGCUGGAGCCAGGGGAGUAUAGUGUCUUCCUGAAGCUGCUGGAUGCCCAGGGCAAGGAUCAGAUCACACCGGUCAAAGCGCAGGUCUGCAGCUGCGAAGGGCCGGCCAAAAACUGCGAGCGCCGAGCGUACGUCUCUGGGGGCAUGGGCGUCCCCGCCAUCCUGGGCAUCCUGGGGGGCAUCCUGGCACUUCUCAUCCUGCUGCUGCUGCUGUUGCUUUUUGUGAGGAGGAGAAAGGUGGUGAAGGAGCCACUGCUGCCUCCCGAGGAUGAUAUGAGGGACAAUGUCUACCACUAUGACGAGGAGGGUGGUGGCGAGGAGGACCAGGACUAUGACCUGAGCCAGCUGCACCGGGGGCUGGAUGCCCGUCCUGAGGUGAUCCGCAAUGACGUGGCUCCCCCACUGAUGGCUGCCCCCCAGUACCGGCCCCGGCCUGCCAAUCCCGACGAGAUUGGGAACUUCAUCGAUGAGAACCUGAAGGCAGCCGACACGGACCCCACAGCUCCUCCCUACGACUCGCUGCUGGUGUUCGACUACGAGGGCAGUGGAUCGGAGGCCACCUCACUCAGCUCCCUCAACUCCUCCAACUCCGAUGAAGACCAGGACUAUGACUACCUCAACGACUGGGGCGGCCGCUUCCGCAAGCUGGCUGAGCUCUACGGCGGUGGGGAGGACGACGAUUAGGGACCUCCAGCUGCCCCGCCUCAUUUCACCCCUCUGGACUCACUUCGGUCUCUGCCCAGGGGUGGCCAAACCCCCCCUCCAACCACACUUCAACCCAGUGCCCACAUCCCCUUUGCUAAGGGAGGCUUGGUGUCACCGUGGAUGGCAGGGUUUUUGGGGAGUCUGUGUGUUUCCUGGCCCCCUUGGCUCCAUUUGGGCCAUUUCCCACCUGGGAGCUGAGGUGCUCCCAGCUGAGGAGGCCAGGAUCAGCUCCUCCCUCCCUUUUCUAUGGACAAAAAGGGUUUCUCUGGCGCUCUUCCAAAUACCUCGUGCUCCCAGCCCUGCACAGCAGCUCUCCCACUGUGCUCAGAUCAUGAACCCAGUGCUGGAGCAGCGGGGUGAGGUGCUCGACCAACACAGACCAAAGAUACGCCCUCACAGGGAAUUGUAUUUGCUGGAGUGUGUACAGGCAGAUUUCUAUUUUUCCGUAUCCCAGAUUAUGGUUUGAUUUCCUCCCAUAUCGUGCCAGGUGUAAUUAGUGUGCAGUCAAUGAAAGGUGCUUUCGGAAAUCAAAGGGCUUUCCUGAAAUCCUGACCCUUGUGUUUAGCUGUUGUUUGUAUUUUUUAUCAUGAAAAAGGGGUCUGAUGCGAGCUGGGAAACCAGCCUUGGCCAAGUGUUGAUUGUAUUGUUUUUAUAUAAAAUUGAAAUAAUAAAUUCUUUUAGGAAAA